AUGAGGUUUGAUAUAAGUAAUACGGAUCAUGUGAUGUCAGUUAAAUUACUCGAUCGUGUAACAAUUGUUUGUCCGCAACCAAUUACCAGCAAUUCACGGACAUCUUAUGAAUAUACGAAAUUAUAUGCUGUGUCUCAAAGUGGUUAUGACAAUUGUCAAUUAUUAGAUGAACGAUUAAUUGGAGUAUGUCAAACUCCGGGGCAACAAUCAUCGAUCAGUAUUGUCUUCCGAGAUUUCUCUCCACUUCCCGGUGCAUUAGAAUUUAAACCAGGCUACAGCUAUUAUUUUAUUACCACUUCGGAUGGUACCGAAAAAGGUAUUGAUAGGCGAUCCGGUGGUUUAUGUGCUAGCGAACAUAUGAAAAUCAAAUUUGAAAUUCAACCAGAUCGAAAUGAUAAUCUCAACGAUUACUUUGAACCUUCAAGUGCUCAUUUUAGGCAUCGAUUACAGAAUUCAGCUGAAGUAUCAACACCAUUAUUGUAUAUAAUUCAUACAAGUGAUUCAUCCGCUGAAGGAUAUGCAGCACUGGAAGAGGAUGAUGCGGCUUGCAAUCAUCAGUUGAAUAUAUCACUAGCAAUGAUAACACUAAUAUUCCUGUACUUCACUGCCAUCGUAUAA